CCCGUUCACUCUCAUCAUGUCUUCCACUGAAGAAACGGCACAGACAGCAAGCCUGGAAAGCACUGGAGAUGAUCGUCUGUGUGUAAUUAAAAAAGUAGCCGAACUUCCCUUGGUCAGCUCUACCUAUGACAUGGUGUCCGCUACCUAUACUUCUGCCAAGAAGUCACAUCCAGCUAUCCAGGCAGUCUGUGAUAUGGCUGAGGUGGGAGUGAAAGCUAUUGCGACUACAGCAGCAAGUGGGGCACAGCCUCUUCUGGAUAAACUUGAACCUCAAAUUACUGCGGUGGACACCCUUGCCUGCAAGUCUCUUGAUGUGCUACAAGAAAGAUUCCCAGUUGUGCAGCAGACAGUGGAAAAGGUUGUAUCCAAUGCCAAAGGCCUCCUCACCGAGUCCUUGGCACCAGUUUAUACAAAAGUCACAGAAGCUGCCCAGGAGAGCAUAGAGAUGGCCAGUUCUACUGUGCGGAAUGGUGUGCAUACUGUGAUGGAGACCAGCAUGGGGCAGAUGGUGUCUAAUGGUGUUAGCGAAAUGAUCAGCAAAUCAGAUUUUUGGAUAGACAAAUAUCUCCCAAUAACAGAUUCAGAGCUAGCCGCCCUUGCAGCCUCUGCAGCACUGGAAGUGUCUGAUACGCCUCCUCUGAUAAUACAAACGGCAGACCAGAAGUACUAUGUGCGCCUGGGCUCGCUCUCAGCCAAGCUUCGCAGCAGAGCCUACCAUCACUCUCUAGAAAAAGUCCAACGAGUCAAGCAAACAUUUGACAUGGCCCUGUUCCACCUUGAGCAAUUCAUGUACUUGCUGAAGUUUACGAAGCAGAAUUGGGAAUAUAAAAUUCAACGAGGCCAAGAGAAGCUGCGAGAGAUGUGGCUGGAGUGGAUCAGAGGACAGCCAGGGCAGAGCGGGAUCAGUGAGCCCAGUCAGGCAGAGAUGGAAUCCCAGGCGCUGCAAGUAUCCCAAACCAUCACCCGGCAGAUGCAGGCUAACUGCUUGAAGCUCCUGACUGACAUGGAGGGCCUCCCUGAUGCUCUCAAAGAAAAGGUCCACGAGGCUUACAGCAGCCUGGAAGAAGUUCAGGCUGCCCUCUCAAAUGCCCAAACCUUCCAGGAUAUCCCCAGUGGUGUCCUGAAUCAGAGCCCAGAGAAGAUUGGAAAGGCCCAGGAUGCUGUGCAUGAAGUUGUGGAGUACGUGACGAGGAAGCCUCCCCUCACAUGGGUGGCUGGACCCUUCUCCCCUGCUGGAGUGUCUUCAGGGGAGGCAACCGAACAAGAGAAGAAGGCAAAGGUGGCUAACUGAAGGAGUCUUGUCUUGAAACCUUGGGUUUGUUCAGGAGGCCCUAGGUAAUCCUUGUCUACCUCUCAUGGAUCGUAUCUGUACCUUUUGUAUUUUUCUAUAAGGCCAAAGAUCUCAUGGUAAUAAUGGUGGAAGAGACCCAAUGACUUUAUUUGAGGGUAGCUCUGGUGUUCUUAUAGAAUAGGAGAAGACUCUAAAUGAGUUAUUUUUUAUAAAGCCAAAACUGGAUUAGCUGAUGAAAGAACAUGCAGAAAGUGUUUGUUCCUCUGAUCAUUACACCAGGCAAAAGCUAGCAAAGGUCUUACUAUGCCGGAGUCCCUUUCAAAAUCUAGGCCUUUUUGUACUGGGUGGUGAUGGAAUGUUUGAUGCACCAGAAAUUUUUAUAUACUGUAUUUAUGCAAAUAAAAAUCU